AUGAGUUUGUUCUGUAAUUCGAUUGAGACCCUUUAUCCAAAACCUUAUCUUUUCCAGAAAUCUCACUUCUUUUCCUUCUCCGAUGCAAAAUUCCGAAACCCUAAUUUUGCCGGAUUUCCGAUUCGCCGUCAUUUACCGAUCAAAUCGUGCCUUAAAUCGGCGUCUUCGUCUGAAAUCGAUAUGGUAAGGAACAAAGAAGGUAUAUUCGCUCCAAAGGAGAAGAAAGUAGUCGUCUUGUGGGAUCUCGACAACAAACCACCUCGCGGUCCACCGUACGAGGCAGCGACGGCUCUCCGACGAGUCGCGGAGAAACUCGGACGAGUCGUCGAGAUCUCCGCUUACGCAAAUCGCCACGCUUUCAUCCAUUUACCUCACUGGGUCGUCGAGGAGCGGCGCUCGAGGAGGAACCUCGAUUUCGCGGAGAGGAAAGGGGAGGUGAUUCCGAUCGAGCCGUACAUCUGCGGCGUGUGUGGCCGGAAAUGCAAAACGAAUCUCGAUUUGAAAAAGCAUUUCAAGCAGCUUCACGAGAGGGAGAGACAAAAGAAGGUGAACCGAAUGAGAUCUCUGAAAGGGAAGAAACGGCAGAAGUUUAAAGAGCGUUACGUUUCCGGGAACGAGAAGUACAACGAGGCGGCGAGGAGCUUGCUGACGCCGAAAGUCGGGUACGGGCUUGAGGCUGAGCUCCGGCGAGCGGGUGUUCAUGUGAAGACGGUGGAGGAUAAGCCCCAGGCGGCGGAUUGGGCGGUAAAGAGACAGAUACAGCAUUCGAUGACGCGUGGGAUUGAUUGGUUGGUUUUGGUUUCGGAUGAUAAGGAUUUUUCUGAUAUGUUGAGGAAAGCAAGAGAGGCUGAUCUUGGGACUCUGGUGGUUAGUGAUCGGGAUCGAGCGUUAGGUCGGCACGCUGAUUUGUGGGUGCCUUGGAUCGGAGUGGAGAAUGGAGAGAUUGGGGAGGCGGAUUUGGUUCCGGAGAAGAGACGGCGGUUUGAUGAGGAGGAGGAGGGAGGAUCUGGCGGCGGUGAUGGGUUGUUUUCGUUGUCUUAUGAUGAGGAUGAGACGUCGGAGAUAACGGUGGAGAGUGAUGGGUUUGGCAGGUUUAAUGUGUCUGCGUUUUCAGAAGAUGAAUGGGUGGAGGAUGAUGGAGACUUUGCGUUGAGUGAUAGUGAUGAUGACAGUGACGAUGAUCUCAGCUUCUAA